AAAAAGGAAAAAGAAAAAGAAGAUGGGCAUUUAGAACAGUCUCGUGAGUCUCGCAGUUCUCUCUCUCUUCAGGUUGUUUUGUUGUGGACAUGAAUUGAUCUUCUUCUUCUUCACACUUUCUGAGAUCUCUGUUUCUCCCUCAUUUUCAAGAGAAAUUUGAAAAAGGGAAUUUGUUCGUCGUCAAUGGCUCGAAGCAGUAGUGCUAAUAAUAAUAAUAGGUCGUCGUUUAGCCCAACAAAUGGGAAUGGGAAUGGGAACGGGAACGGGAAUGGGAAUGUGGGGAAUGAGGAUUCCAUUAAUGUUUCAAAUGGAAAUGGUGGAGAAGGAGAUGACUACGAGGACUCCUCUUACUCUAUUGAUAGUGAUUCCUCCCAUUUGGCCCCUCCUACUCCGACGUCGCUGUCGAUGGCCAUUCCGGCGGAGCUCGCCGGCGCCAUCCCUUUGAUCGAGCGAUUUCAGGUUGAGGCAUUUCUAAGACUAAUGCACAAACAGAUUCAGUCUUCUGCCAAACGCGGCUUCUUCUCCAAAAAAUCCGCCGGACCUCAAAUCGGUGACAAGUUCACCUUUGAGGAUAUGUUGUGCUUCCAGAAGGUGCCUAUUCCAACAUCGUUACUCAAAACUAACGCUGACCUGGUCAGUAAGGCCACAAAGUUGUUCCAUAUCAUUCUCAAGUACAUGGGAGUCGAUCAUCCCUCUGACCGGCUCGCUCCAGCAAGCCUCGAUGAACGAAUCGAGCUCGUUGGAAAACUCUAUAAGCAAACGUUAAAGCGAAUAGACCUUCGGGAUGAACUGUUUGUUCAGAUUUCAAAGCAAACUCGGAACAAUCCUGACAGGCAAUACCUGGUCAAAGCAUGGGAGUUGAUGUAUUUGUGUGCCUCCUGCAUGCCUCCUAGCAAGGACAUCGGUGCCUAUUUGUCUGAGUAUGUUCAUAACGUAGCGCAUGGUGUAAAUGCCGAGUCUGAGGUUCGAGUGCUGGCUUUAAACACUUUAAACGCUUUAAAGCGUUCCGUUAAGGCUGGGCCUAGGCAAACUAUUCCGGGGCGUGAGGAGAUUGAAGCUCUCUUAACUGGUCGAAAGCUCACGACUAUAGUAUUUUUCUUGGACGAAACUUUUGAAGAAAUCACUUAUGACAUGGCCACAACAGUGGCUGAUGCUGUCGAGGAACUUGCGGGGAUAAUCAAAUUGUCAGCAUUCUCUAGCUUUAGUCUUUUUGAAUGCCGCAAGGUUGUGACUGGCUCAAAAUCACCUGAUUCUGGAAAUGAGGAGUACAUUGGGUUAGAUGACAACAAAUAUAUUGGGGACCUAUUGGCGGAAUUCAAGGUGGCAAAGGAACGAAGUAAAGGGGAAAUUCUGCACUGCAAGCUGACAUUUAAGAAAAAGUUGUUUCGGGAAUCAGAUGAAGCUGUAUCAGAUCCAAUGUUUGUACAGUUGUCGUAUGUGCAAUUACAACAUGAUUAUAUAUUGGGCAAUUAUCCUGUUGGAAGGGAUGAUGCUGCACAGUUGUCUGCAUUGCAAAUCUUGGUUGAAAUUGGAUUUAUUGAUACUCCAGAAUCAUGCACUGACUGGAAUUCACUUUUAGAACGGUUCCUACCCAGACAAGUUGCGAUAACGCGAGCAAAACGAGAAUGGGAGUUGGAUAUUCUCUCUCGUUACCAUUCGAUGGAACACUUGACCAAAGACGAUGCAAGACAACAAUUUUUGCGAAUACUGAAAACACUUCCUUAUGGAAACUCAGUUUUCUUCAGUGUACGAAAGAUUGAUGACCCUAUUGGACUUUUGCCGGGACGGAUUAUUUUGGGCAUCAAUAAGAGGGGUGUUCAUUUCUUUCGUCCAGUGCCAAAAGAAUACUUACAUUCAGCCGAGUUAAGAGACAUAAUGCAAUUUGGAAGUAGCAACACUGCCGUGUUUUUUAAGAUGAGAGUUGCAGGCGUGCUUCACAUAUUUCAAUUUGAAACCAAGCAGGGGGAAGAAAUUUGUGUUGCUCUUCAAACACAUAUAAAUGAUGUCAUGUUACGGCGUUACUCUAAAGCUCGGUCUGCUGCCAGUGGCUCAGUAAACGGAGACUUUUCUAACAAUUUUAAAUCAUCAAAUGUGGAAGCAUUUGAAAAACGUGUUCAGGAUUUGUCAAAAGCUGUUGAAGAAUCUCAGAGGAAUGCUGAUCAAUUGCAAAGAGAAUUGCUUGAGAAACAAAACGAAGCAGCAAAAGUGCGAGAAGAGUUGGAAGAUUUGAAAGAGUCGUUGAGAUCGGAGAAGCAAAUCUUGGCGGAAGUUACAUCUGAACGCGAAAGACUUGCAUCGCUAUAUGAGGAAAAAGACAUGGCUCUCCAGGCUGCAUUGUUAGAGAAAAGAAACAUGGAAGCAAGGUUGGUGAAGUUGGGUAAUGUACUAGAGAACAAUUCUAAAAAAGACCAGCUCGGGGCAAAUAACCAGGCAAUUUACAAGCUUCAAGAUGAGUUGAAGCUUCGAAGGGAGGAGUUGCACGUAGCGGAAGAAACUAUCAAGAGGCUGAAAGAUGAAAAGCUUUUAUUGGAGCAAAGGAUGUCUGGACUUGAAAAGAAGAAAGCUGAUGAGAUCAAAUUGCUUCAGAGAAAAUACGAGGAAGAGCGCAAAUUUUUAGAACUUCAAAUGUUUGAUCUUGAAAAGAAGCUUGAGGGGAUUACUCAAGAGUUAGCUAUUGCCAAAUCUACUCUCGCAGCCAAGAACUCUGAUUUGGCCACUUUGCAAAAUAAUUUACAAGAACUAGAUGAAUUGAGAGAAAUGAAAGAGGACAUUGAUAGAAAGAAUGAGCAAACCGCUGCAAUCUUGAGGAUGCAAGGAGCUCAGCUUGCUGAGUUGGAAGUGCUCUACAAGGAAGAACAGCUUUUAAGGAAGCGCUAUUUUAAUACUAUCGAAGAUAUGAAAGGAAAGAUCAGAGUGUUUUGUCGUUUAAGACCCCUUAGCGAAAAAGAGAUUGCUGAACAAGAAAGAGAUGUAAUUACAACUUUAGACGAGUUUACCGUUGAACAUUCAUGGAAGGAUGGUAAACUUAAGCAACAUACAUAUGAUUGCAUAUUCGAUGGCAACGCCACCCAGGAAGACGUAUUUGAAGAUACCAGGUAUUUGGUGCAAUCUGCUGUAGAUGGGUACAAUGUCUGCAUAUUUGCUUAUGGUCAAACUGGUUCCGGAAAGACAUUUACAAUAUAUGGAUUAGAGACAAAUCCUGGACUCACUCCACGAGCAAUUGCAGAACUUUUUAAAAUUUUGAAACGGGAUGGCAAUAAAUUCUCCUUCUCACUAAAGGCCUAUAUGGUUGAGUUAUAUCAAGAUACGCUUGUAGAUCUUCUAUUACCCAAGAAUGCAAAACGAUUGAAAUUGGAAAUUAAAAAAGAUUCAAAGGGAAUGGUAUCGAUCGAAAAUGUGACGGUUUUAUCAAUAUCAACUUAUGACGAAUUGAAAAGCAUUAUCCAGAGAGGAUCUGAACAACGCCAUACAUCCGGAACUCAAAUGAACGAAGAAAGUUCAAGAUCUCACCUUAUACUUUCUAUUGUUAUUGAAAGUACCAACCUUCAAACGCAGUCUGUUGCAAGAGGAAAGCUAAGUUUUGUGGAUCUUGCUGGAUCGGAAAGGGUCAAGAAGUCAGGCUCCUCAGGAAGUCAACUUAAAGAAGCUCAAAGCAUCAACAAGUCACUUUCAGCGUUGGGAGAUGUUAUUAGUGCUUUGUCUUCUGGUGGUCAACACAUACCUUAUCGGAACCACAAAUUAACAAUGCUAAUGAGCGACUCACUUGGCGGUAAUGCUAAAACACUCAUGUUCGUCAAUGUGUCUCCAGCUGAAUCAAACUUGGAUGAGACAUACAAUUCUCUCAUGUAUGCUUCAAGAGUCAGGUCGAUUGUAAAUGACCCGAGCAAAAAUGUUUCAUCGAAAGAGGUGGCCCGGUUGAAAAAGUUGGUGGCUUAUUGGAAGGAGCAAGCAGGUAGGAGGGGGGACAACGAAGAUCUGGAGGAAAUCCAAGAAGAGCGACCAACAAAAGACAGAGCUGACGGGCGGCAUUCCAUGUAAUGUUUGUUUAUCAUGAGUUUCGCAGGGCGGGCAGAAUUUUUGGAGCAGAUGGCCGGCAUUCCACAAUAGCUGAUUAAAGAUCUCCUUCAAAUUGGUGCAUUUGUAAUAUUGAUAUGUUGAGGAAGAAAGAGUUGUCAGCGUAGCAGUGUUAAGAUGUAUAGUUUGAAUGCGCGUGUAUAUAUAUAUAGAGAGAGCGGAUAACAUAACACACUAGUACAAAUGUAUGAGACUCUGCAAUCAUGCGUUAUUUUUGUUUCCGAAAGAAUAUCAGGCAACCGUGGUUGUUCAAAUCACUGACUCUUGAUCAUAUCUUCUUGAAUCUUUGAUGCAGGGUCCCUCAUAUCGGAGUGAAAAUACAUAGAAUUGAAUUGCAAGUGUAACAGUAUACGUAGUUGUGUUUAAGUUAAUUAAGAG